AUUAAAAGAUGGUGUACUAUUCUUCCCACUAAUACUCUUCCUCCUACUGAGCAUCAACCCUGAGGCCAUGGCAACUGUAACUUUCUCCAUCAACCAGAGGCGGACUGACAACUCAUGGGGCCCCCGGGCAAUAGGGGAUCAUGGGGCCCCUGUGUCCUUGCCCACACUCAAACCACACCCAAAAAAGCCUAUGAAAGGUACCAGGGGCAUCUCAUGGGGCCCCCUUCUGACCCCGGGCCCUCGGGCAGUGCCAGAGUUCCCAAAUGGUCAGUCCGCCCCUGCCAUCAACUCA